GAAAAAGACUACACUUCCCAGGAUGCUUUGGGACGCGCUUCCGGUUGGCAAACAGGAAGGAAGAGACUGCAUGCCACAAACAGAGCCUGGGGUGAAGCAUGAAGCUGUACUGUUUGUCCGGACAUCCAACGCUACCAUGCAACGUUCUGAAGUUCAAAUCCACCACCAUCAUGCUGGACUGUGGUCUGGACAUGACCUCUGCGCUCAACUUUCUCCCCCUGCCUUUGGUCCAAAGCGCAAGGCUCUCCAAACUCCCCGGCUGGGUCUUAAAGGACGGAAGCACUUUCCUGGAUAAGGAACUGAAGGACUGCUCCGGACGAGCCUUUGUGGAUUCUGUUCCCGAGUUUUGCCUGCCAGAGAUGGAACUGCUGGACCUGUCCACAGUGGAUGUAAUCCUGAUCUCCAAUUACCACUGCAUGAUGGCAUUGCCCUACAUCACAGAACACACCGGAUUCACCGGAACGGUGUACGCCACGGAGCCCACCGUUCAAAUUGGCAGGCUUCUUAUGGAAGAACUGGUCAACUUUAUAGAAAGGGUGCCAAAGGCUCAAUCUGCGUCCUUGUGGAAAAACAAGGAGGUUCAAAGGUUGCUGCCCAGCCCCUUGAAGGAUGCCGUGGAAGUUGCAACUUGGAGAAGAUGCUACAAUAUGCAGGAAGUGAACUCGGCACUCAGUAAAAUCCAGCUGGUUGGAUACUCCCAGAAAAUAGAACUUUUUGGUGCCGUGCAAGUUUCUCCUCUCAGUUCCGGAUAUGCCCUCGGCAGCUCCAACUGGAUCAUUCAGUCACAUUAUGAGAAGGUUUCCUAUGUCUCAGGAUCGUCGCUCCUCACAACACACCCACAGCCCAUGGACCAGGCUUCCCUCAAGAGCAGCGACGUUCUCAUCCUGACGGGACUCACCCAGAUCCCGACCGCCAAUCCGGACGGCAUGGUGGGCGAAUUCUGCAGCAACCUUGCUCUGACUGUCCGGAAUGGAGGAAACGUCUUAGUCCCUUGCUAUCCUUCCGGAGUGAUCUACGACCUUUUGGAAUGCCUGUACCAGUAUAUCGACUCUGCCGGCCUCUCUAACAUCCCCUUCUACUUCAUCUCGCCCGUCGCAAACAGCUCGCUCGAAUUCUCCCAGAUCUUUGCCGAAUGGUUGUGUCACAACAAGCAGACGAAGGUCUACCUGCCAGAGCCACCCUUUCCUCAUGCAGAGCUCAUUCAGACAAACAAACUGAAGCACUACCCCAGCAUCCACGGGGACUUCAGCAAUGACUUCAAGCAGCCCUGCGUGGUCUUCACCGGUCACCCCUCGCUCCGCUUCGGGGACGUGGUGCAUUUCAUGGAGCUGUGGGGGAAAUCCAACCUGAAUACGGUCAUCUUUACAGAGCCCGACUUCUCCUACCUGGAUGCCUUGGCCCCUUACCAACCGCUGGCCAUGAAAUGUGUUUACUGCCCCAUAGAUACCAGGCUGAAUUUCAUCCAGGUGUCUAAGCUGCUCAAAGAAGUGCAGCCCCUCCACGUGGUUUGCCCAGAGCAGUACACGCAGCCCCCUCCCACCCAGUCCCACCGCACCGACCUAAUGAUCGACUGCCUGCCGGCCCCCAUGUCCUACCGCAGAGCCGAGGUGCUGACCCUCCCAUUCAAGCGCCGCUAUGAGAAGAUCGAAAUUACACCCGAGCUUGCAGAUUCACUGGUGCCCACUGAGAUGAAACCUGGCAUUUCCUUGGCAACUGUUACGGCUGUUUUGCAUACUAAAGACAACAAACAUGUGCUCCAGCUUCCUCCCAAACCUCCCCAGCCUCAAACGAGCAAAAAGAGGAAGCGAGUGACGGACGACGUCCCGGAGCUGAAGCCCGUCAAGCCUCUCCUCAGUGGCUCCGUCCCCGUGGAGCAGUUGGUGCAAACCCUGGAAAAGCACGGGUUCAGUGACGUCAAGGUGGAAGACACCCCGAAAGGCCACAUCGUGUUGUUCCAAGAUGUGGAAACGCUCAUCCGCAUUGAGGAGGAUUCGACUCACAUCAUGUGCGAAAGCGACGAGGCCCUGAGGGUGAAGCUCCAGGACCUGGUCCUCAAGUUUCUACAGAAGUUCUAGACUUUCUCCGGCCAAAAAAGAGCGGAAACAGCAGAUCUUUCUGCAAGAAACAGUGUUCAGUUAAUCAACAGAGACUCCUGUGCUAUUAAAAACGAACUGGUGGGGUUUUGCACAUCAUGGGACUGUGACGUCCUGUUAUAUUUUAAAUAUUGAUAGUGUUGAGCAAAUGUAAGAAAAGUGGUACAGGAUCCUUUUGGUGACUUAUGUCGGUAUAACAAUGUGUUACGCUUGCAUAAGUCACAUUUGGAGCAAUCCAAGGCAGCAGUGAAGGGGAGCGGAAAAGGAUGUUGCUCUCAGGAAAGCAAACUGUCUUGGCGACUCCUUCCAACCACAACUAUAAGGUCUUGCUCCCAAAUGGGUCAUAGGCCACUCUGUUGUCUUGCAAAGAGCAGAAAUACUUUUUUCCCCUCCAUUUUCUUUGGAGCCACACUGUUCUCUUGCAAAGUACAGAAAUAUGGGGGUUUUUAAGUCAUUUUCUUUGGUAUUGCAACUAGUUCUUGCUCUGUUUUCCUCUUCCCUGCUUGGAAAGGCCAGUCAUGUUCGUAAAGAUUUCUUUUGUUUUCUAAAGAUGUCUUUUGCUUUGUUGUUUCUCUGUUUCCUUCCUUUGUUUUUGCAGAUUUGUAAUACCGAAAAUGUAGAGAUCUGGUCCAAGGUGGCUCAUUUUUUUAAUUAAAAAGAAUAACAACAUCA